AGUCAACUUAGUAGCUUUCCUCUUCUUCACCGCCGACAUAAUACGUUUCCGUCUCGAGUUGCCGGAAAAGAAGCUACUCUCUCUACGUCGCUUCUAGUGAUCAUAUGGAAGAGAACAACAACAACGCCGGGAGCGAUUCAGAUGCUAAUUCCGUCGACGAUUCACAGGACUAUUACGAACCGAUCUCAGCCGUCGAUCUAGAAAACGCCAAUGACGACGGGAGCGAUGAGGAAGACAGUUAUCAUCCGAUCGGCGGCAGAGAUGGCUUCAGCCACGGCCUCUCCAACGGCCAUUGUAUGAUUCCGGAAACAGAGGAAAGAAUCUCUUCUAUUAGUAUAAACGCAGACGCAGAGAGCGAAGAAGAGGCGGAGACGGAGACGGAAUCGGAGGUCCGUAGAGCGUUUGAAGAGGACGAACGGCGUAGAAGAUCGCCGUUGAUUGAGGAGAAUGCCGUUAGGGUUAUGGAGGCAAUGCGAGCAAUCUCGUUCCCUGGAACGGCUCCUGAUUGGGCUUCCGAUGUUAAUGAGGAUCGUUGGAUUGAUCAGCUUCGAAGAUUGAGAUCCACUUCUCAAUAACUUUAACUCUGUUGUUAUUUUAUUUCUUUUCUCCUGGAUUAUCAAAUUCAGUACUUUGCUUGCUGUUCAAUAUCUUUCUCAAUGUGAAUUUAAACAUUCAAAUACAAAACCAGAGAUUUCAAAACAGAAUCCACAUAUGGUUUGGUAA